GACAGCUGGGUCGCCAUUUGCAAAUUGAAGUGAUUUCUUCUUUCUUCACCUUCCAUACCCUUAUUCCCUUUGUUUCUUAAAAAUGUUUCCAGGUUUCCAUUUCCACCCACUUCCCACUUGCACUUUGGUUAUUUUAUAUUCUAAGGAUUUCCCUUUGUCUUGUGGAUGUCAAAAUAUCAACUGUAUUCAAAACUGAAACACAUAAACAAGUUUAUAAAUAAUAAAAUGGAUGUAAAGCAAGAAUUUAGUAAGGAGUCCUGUAAAUUAGAUGAUGCUCUUGACGCUCUUGUGGAUGGCUUUAAAUGUGAAGUUAAAGACGAAUUCAAUAGAAGUGCAUAUGACACAUAUGAUUAUUUAGACUUAAAGGAAUGCCCUAUUAAAACUGAAAUAGAACAAGAUGAAAAUAAACUGAAUGCAUUUGAAGAAAACCAAAAAACUGAAAAAGGUUUUACUCAGCAGGAGAAUAAAAUGAAAAUAAUGGAAACAUUUUGUGAACAUCCAUCCGAUAAGGAGCACUGUACGAGUCAACACGCUGAAGAAACAACUGUAAAUAAAAAUAUAAAAGUUCAGGCUAGGCAGGGAUGUUACAAAUGUGAAAUUUGUUUCAAACACUUUUCUAGAGCACAUCAUUUAAAAGAACAUUUAAAAAUGCACACUGAUAAAAAACCUCGCAAGUGUGAAAUUUGUAGUAAGCAGUUUACUAAUCUAAGUGAUUUAAAGCGUCAUAUGAGAGUUCACACUGGAGAAAAACCGUACAAGUGUGAAAUUUGUUUCAAGCAGUUUGGUCUAGCGAGUACUUUGAAGGUACAUUUGAGAGCACACACUGGAGAAAAAUCUUAUAAGUGUGAAAUUUGUUUUAAGCGAUUUAGUCAAAAUGGGCAUUUGAAAAGACAUUUGAGUGUGCACACUGGAGAAAAACCCCACAAGUGUAAAAUAUGUUUCAAGCAGUUUAUACAAGCGUUUAGUCUAAAAACACAUUUGAGAACACACACUGGCGAAAAACCCCACAAGUGUGAAAUUUGUCUUAAGCAGUUUAACUGUUCAAGUCAUUUGAAAACACAUUUGCUAGUGCACACUGGAGAAAAGCCUUACAAGUGUGAAAUUUGUUUUAAGCAAUUUAGUCGAAAUGAACAAUUGAAAGUACAUUUGACAGUGCACACUGGAAAAAAUCUUUACGAGUGUGAAAUUUGUUCUAAGCCAUUUACAAAAUCAAAUGAUUUGAGAAAGCAUUGGAGAGUGCACACUGGAGAAAAGCCUUACAAGUGUGAAAUUUGUUUUAAGAAGUUUACUGAAGCAGGUAGUCUAAAAAUACAUUUGAGAGUACACACUGGAGAAAAGCCUUACAAGUGUGAAAUUUGUUUUAAGCAAUUUAAUCGAGGGAGUAUUUUGAAACAACAUUUGAAAGUGCACACUGGAGAAAAGCCUUACAAGUGUGAAAUUUGUUUUAAUCUGUUUAGUCUAGCAAGUAGUUUGAAAAGACAUUUGAGUGUGCAUACAGAGAAAGAUCCCACAAGUGUAAAAUAUUGUGACGCGUGAGUUACUUUGAAUUGACGUUUCCUGAUUAUUAUUUAUGUUCUUUUAGGCACUAAUGUUUAAUUUUAGUUGACUUUACAGAUAAGUGUCAUUGUAUACCGGGUGUAACAAUGAUAGUGUGUUUUUUCCUCAAAGUUUGGAACACCCUGUGGAGUAUUCUAGCCUUAGGCUUUAAGGCUUUUUGCUUUUUAGCAUACGGGUAAUAUGACCCGUAUGUACGCCAAUGGUAAAUAUAAAAUUCCUAAUUGUAUGUCAAAAAAUGGACAAUAACUACCACUUAAAACCUACUAAAUUUUAUUUGCAUAUCUCAACUGGUUUUAGAACAAUAAAUUAAUCGUCAGUUUGUAAGAAAAAAAUUCAACCUCCCGUAUCUCGGAAACGAAGCCCUUGCGGACAUAUGUUUAUAAAGCAAACGGUCAUUAUUUUUUAUGCAGAAUUACCCCUUAAAGUUGGUCGCACUUAUUUAGAAACACCCUUAUUGAUGAAGAACGUUGCUAGUCGUUAAAGUACCUAACUUUUAUUAUCCAACAUAAGCGAAUUAAUCAAAAAUCAGAAUGUUAAGAAAGCCCAAGGCUACAUUUGAGUUUUAAUUUCAACAUUUUAUAUACUCUAGAAUAUUCCACAGGGUGUUCCAAACUUUAAGGAAAAAACGCACUAUCAUUUUUACACCCGGUAUACAAUGACACUUAUCUGUUUAGCAACAAUAUUAUUACAUCGAUAUUCUUGAAGAAUAAAACUAUAACAUAUUUAAAAAAUCACUAAAAUCGGACAAGUUUAGGAAAUACGAGACAUCAAAUAUGUCCCAUUUUUAAAGUGAUGCGUUAAUUUUGAUUCUUAGUGUACAUUAAUUGUUCCACUAACUAAAAUAUAAUUUAUUUUUAAUAUUACAAA